GUGCCGAUGUGUGUGCUGUCACGUGCUUGGAAUGAAUGACAUCACGUGCUAUGGCUUCCCCGGUCCUCUCGUUCUGCCAAAGAUUGGUUGACCUUGCCUUGAAGGCCAUCUUCGACUUCAACUUCAGGGAAACUGAGUGCCCCGUAUCGAUAAGAAAAGGAGGGGCAGUGCCAAGGCGUGUGGUGGGUUGUUGCUGGAGCCGUUGCCCCGUGAAACAAUCAACAAGCACCGGCAUGGAGGCACAGACCAAGACAGCGCAGCACGCCCAUUUCAGCUGGCGGUCAAACCAAGGCCAUAGAAAUUGGCAACCCCCCGUCUCUGAAUCCACUCUCUAGACCGCACAUCAACUUCCGAAUAGCUUCGUCUUGUUCUGCCCUCAGCAUUCCAGCAAAGUUUCCUGCCCAGCCUUUUCCGCGCGUUCAUUUAGUUUUGCAUCACACACGCAAUCAAAAUGGCUUCGACCAACUACAAGGAGGCUUUCUCUCUGUUCGACAAGCGCGGCAACGGCCGUGUCACCCUCGAUAGCUUGGGCGAUCUCCUGCGCGCCUGCGGCCAGAACCCAACCCUUGCCGAGAUCCAGGAGCUCGAGAAGAACGUUGGCGGUGAUUUCGACUUUGAGACCUUCCAGCGCAUUCUGAACCGACCGGGCGGCUUCCGUGACCCUGGCGAGCCCGACGAGUACUGCCGCGGCUUCCAAGUAUUCGACAAAGACAUGACGGGCUUUAUCGGCGUGGGCCAGCUCAAGUACAUCCUGACGAACCUGGGCGAGAAGAUGACCGAGGAGGAGGUGGACGAGCUGCUCAAGGCGGUGGACACCAGCAACGGGCAGGUCAACUACACGGAGCUCGUCCGCACCAUUCUUGCCAACUAG